AUGAGUUUUGAUACACAGUUAGGUUCUCCCAGAAUGUCUUACCAUCCAAGGCCACUUUCUUGGAUUGUUGUUUUAGUAGGAGCACUUGCGGUUUUCUUGAUUUAUGCUUCAUUUGUUCUUGUUUCGUCCCCGAUUGGUGCUCAUGUUCAUGGGUAUUUUUACGGUAUAGGUAGUUCUGAGAAGUUAGAUGUGUCUGUUGCUAACGUAAAUGAUGCUUCUGUUGAUAAAAGUUUAGAUAUUGACGGUAAGAAACCGUCUUUUGAUCGGCAAACUGAUGCUACUUCGAACUCGCAAAUAGAUAAUAGUGAGUCUAGUUUUGCGAAACUUCCGAAGAAGGAGGAUGUGAAUGAAACACCUGGAAAUAGUUUAGAUGCGGCCAAUACUAGAUUGCCUGCUCAAACAAAUUCGCAAGUUGAUUCGGCUUCGAGUGCAACUAUUCCGGUAGAAGGAGGUACCGGUGCUUCCAAUUUGACAGGUAGUGUUAGAUCUGAGGAACCCCCUUCUACAGUUUCAAUCAAUCAGUCCAGUGCUGUAAUUACGACCUCCAAAGAGGCCUCCGUGAGUUCUGAUAAUUCCACAUCAACAGCUGUUCCAGAAUCAGUUGAGAAGCCGGAUAACACAGCCUAUGCUGGUUCAGUUAAUUCAGGCUGUGAUCUGUACCAUGGGAAUUGGGUACAUGAUCCACUGGGACCGCUAUACACAAACAAUACAUGCCCUGUAUUGACACAGAUGCAGAAUUGCCAGGGCAAUGGGAGGCCUGACAAGGAUUAUGAGAAUUGGCGAUGGAAACCCUUUCAGUGUGACAUCCCACGAUUUGAUCCCCGGAAAUUUUUGGAGCUCAUGAGAGGAAAGACCUUGGCUUUCAUUGGAGAUUCUGUAGCUCGAAACCAGAUGGAGUCAAUGCUGUGUAUUCUGUGGCAGGUAGAGGUACCGAAGAAUCGGGGAAAUCGUAAUAUGCAACGAUAUUAUUUUAGGUCCACAUCUGUAAUGAUAGUCAGGAUAUGGUCCUCAUGGCUUGUCAAAGUAACAUCCGAACCAUUUGAUUAUGCUCCAGCUGGUGUGGAUAAGCUCCAUCUUGAUGCCCCCGAUGUGAAGUUAAUGGAACAUAUCCCAAAUUUUGACGUGGUCGUCCUUUCAUCCGGCCAUUGGUUUGCUAAGAAGUCUGUAUAUAUCUUGAACAAUGUGAUAAUGGGAGGACAGUUGUGGUGGCCCGACAAAUCUAAGCAAAUGAAGAUCAACAAUGUUCAAGCAUUUGGUAUAUCUGUUGAAACGUUUCUUACUGCUCUUGCUACACAUCCAACAUACAAAGGUCUAACAAUUGUGAGGUCCUAUUCGCCCGAUCAUUAUGAGGGUGGAGCCUGGAACACCGGUGGAUCAUGCACCGGGAAGGUUAAGCCUAUUCCAGUCGGUGAACUAGUAGAAAACGGGUACACGAAUACGAUGCACGGGCAACAGAUUACAGGUUUUAACAAUGCUGUGAAAAAGGGUACUACAAAUACAUCAAAGUUGAAGUUAAUGAACAUUACUCAAAUGUUUCAAUACCGACAUGAUGGUCAUCCCGGGCCUUACAGGAGCCCCGACCCAAAUAAGAUCACAAAACGUGGCCCAGAUGGAAGGCCGCCGCCACAGGAUUGCUUGCAUUGGUGCAUGCCAGGUCCAGUUGAUACCUGGAAUGAACUGGUGUUGGAAAUCAUCAAAAGAGAAUAUGAAGGUGGAAGUACAUCAUGA